GCGCAAAUCUCUGAGCAUGCUCUGUGCGUCCCUGCUGUGACUGCAGUUUUUGUUUGUUUUUUCCCCCUCUGUCACUCUUGAUGUGGCGUUUUUUUGUCGCUGUUGUCAUUUGAUAGUGUCGCAUGCUUGCGAGGACAGACCUCUCCUGAAGCAUAACGUGUGACAAGGGGAGACCUCGAAGAACGGGGAUGGCCAUAGAAGCGACUCGUCAUGACCGAGCUGGCGAGCUGCGGUUCGGGGCUGAGUUUUUAUCGAUGCUGAACGACCGAAUUUGUGCCUUCGGACGUUGCCGACUAACCAAGCUAAGAUAACUGGCUCCAGUGGAGCCCCUCCCGGGGGAGAAUAUCUGGCAUGAGCCGCUGGCUGUAGAGGACAAGGACAACUUUCUUAUCUGGAUUGCCUUUAUCGGUGACAGCCAUUGCAAGCAUGGCUGACCAAAACCACUACUGGACGGUUCUACCGAGCUACAAAACUAGUUUUGUUACCGGGGCCAUGAUGAAAAGAACCAAAGGUGCCCGUAACAACAAGAGGAGGAGUUUGGCGGUCGGGACCCCUUCGCCCACGCUCUCACGACCGCUUUCACCUCUCCCACUUGCCACAGCUGGCAGCAGUCCUUCAGAAAGCCCCAGAAAUGUCUCUGCCAGUGGCUCUUCUAACUUCCAGUUUGCCCGCAGCCAUCUGGUCCGUACUGAGAGCAGAGGAGAUGGCCGAAGAUGGUCUGUCGCAUCAGUUCCCUCCUCUGGAUACUGCACCAAUGCACCCAGUUCAUCAGUAUCUUCAUCAUCUUCCCAGGAGCUCUUGCAUCAGCUGCCGCUCCAGCCAACACAAGAUGAUCUCCACUUCCUGUUUAAACAUUUCCGGAGCACAGAAAGUGUGGCAGAUGAAGAAGGACUACACACUUCUCCCACUGUCAGGCUCCGCUCGCGCAGUCUCAGCCCUGGACGGACCAGUGGAACAUUUGAUAAUGAGAUUGUCAUGAUGAAUCAUGUCUAUAAAGAACGCUUUCCCAAGGCAACAGCGCAGAUGGAGGGUCGACUUCUAGACAUUAUUGAAGAGUGUUCACCUGGAACCGCUCUUCCCCUGGCCGAUGGUGUGCUCGGGUUCAUUCAGCACCAGCUGGUGGAACUAGUGCGAGACUGCCUGGACAAGUCUCAGAAAGGCUUGGUCACCUCUCGGUACUUUGUGGAGCUGCAGGAGAAGCUAGAGAAGCUUCUGCAUGAGGCUUAUGAGCGUUCAGAGAGUGAGGAAGUGACCACCAUUACUAAACUCGUCAAGAAGAUCCUCAUCAUCAUCUCCAGGCCUGCCAGGCUCCUAGAAUGUCUGGAGUUUGAUCCCGAGGAGUUCUACCAGCGUUUGGAGACUGCAGAAGGUGAAGCCAAGGUGAGCCAGGGGAUCAAGACGGAUAUUCCUCGAUACAUCGUCGGUCAACUUGGCCUCACCAGGGAUCCUCUUGAAGAGAUGGUCCAACUGGAACAAACAAGCUCAGGCUACAGGUCUGCCAGCAGAGAGUCUGAUGAGUCCGGAGAGGCAAUGCCAAGCCAGAGCCGUGCAGUUUGCACUCCCCCGCGCAGAAAACCACUGGAGAGUGACUUCGAAACGAUCAAGCUAAUCAGCAAUGGCGCCUAUGGAGCUGUAUUUCUAGUCCGUCACAGGGAAACCCGACAACGCUUUGCCAUGAAGAAGAUCAACCGGCAGAACCUGAUUUUGAGAAACCAGAUCCAGCAGGUGUUUGUGGAGCGGGACAUCCUGACUUUUGCUGAAAAUCCAUUUGUGGUUUCCAUGUUUUGCUCUUUUGAAACACGGAGACACCUCUGCAUGGUCAUGGAAUAUGUAGAAGGUGGGGAUUGUGCCAAUCUAUUAAAGAACAUCGGCCCUCUGCCUGUGGACAUGGCACGCAUGUAUUUUGCAGAAACCGUCCUGGCUUUAGAGUACCUACAUAACUAUGGCAUUGUACACAGAGACCUCAAACCUGACAAUUUGUUAAUCACCUCAAUGGGACACAUUAAGCUUACAGACUUUGGACUGUCAAAAAUCGGCCUCAUGAACAUGACAACCAAUUUGUAUGAAGGUCACAUUGAGAAGGACACAAGAGAGUUCAUCGACAAGCAGGUGUGUGGUACCCCCGAGUACAUCGCUCCAGAGGUGAUCCUGCGGCAAGGCUACGGGAAGCCUGUCGACUGGUGGGCUAUGGGCAUUAUCCUUUAUGAGUUCCUUGUGGGCUGUGUUCCUUUCUUUGGAGACACACCUGAACAGCUUUUUGGUCAGGUGGUUAACGAUGACAUCAUCUGGCCUCAGGGAGAUGAUGCUCUGCCAGCUGAUGCCCAAGAACUUAUCACCAGACUACUUCGCCAGAGUCCGCUGGAGCGUUUGGGAACGGGUGGAACUCCAGAGGUGAAGAUGCACAUAUUCUUCCUCGGCCUUGACUGGAAUGGUCUUCUGAGGCAAAAAGCAGAGUUCAUACCACAACUGGAAACUGACGAAGACACCAGUUAUUUUGACACCCGAUCCGAGCGAUACUCUCACCUAGACUCUGAUGACGACGAUGAAACUAACGACGAUGAAUCCUCUCUUGAAUUGCAACAGUUUUCCUCUGUUGCCCAUCGCUUCAGCAAGGUGUACAGCAGCACAGAGCACUUGUCCACCUCUACACCGUCCAACCAGAGCUUGUCGUCUUCAGAACGGAGCCAUAGUGAGGAGAAGGAUGAGCGGUGGGAGGGCAGAGGCGCCUUUUCCCCUGGUGACGGACAGAAGAAUCUGGCUAGCGGAGACAGAGCAGAUGGAAUCAGAGGGAGUUUGCGUCCUCGUGCUUCGUCCGGUUCCUCCCAGUCAGAGCGCACUGCUAGGCCGUUGGUAUUAAACAGCACUCAGAGCCUUGACAUGAUGCCUCGCUUUGCCAUCUCUGCUGAGGAGGAGGACGGUAUGGUCUCCAAUCUACGGCGAAUUCGUCUCCGCAGCAACAGCACAGGCACCAGGCCAUCAUUCCGCAGAGGCGCGUCCAGACGCAUUGCCCACCAACUGGACACCCCAGAAAAACCAAGGCUGCCAGCUGGAAAAGUCCCCAAGUCUGCCUCAGUCUCUGGACUCUCACUCAUUAUUACCCCAGAUGACUCAGCGGUUCCUCCUUCCAGCCCCAAGUCCUCUCUAUCAUUCUCGUCCAACCCCUCAUCCAGAGACUCGUCCCCCAGUCGGGAUCUUUCCAUCAACAUCAGCUGCCUCAGGCCUCCAGUGGUCAUCCACAGCUCUGGGAAGAGGUUUGGCUUUGCUUUACGAGCGAUCAGAGUCUACAUGGGGGACAGCGAUGUCUACACAGUUCACCACAUGGUCUGGUGUGUGGAGGAGGGCAGCCCGGCGCACGAGGCCAGUUUGAGAGCUGGUGACCUCAUUACUCACGUCAAUGGGGAGUCUGUACAGGGUCUUGUCCACACUGAGGUGGUAGAGCUUCUGCUCAAGAGUGGCAACCAGGUGACCCUCCAGACCACUGCUUUAGAAAACACAUCUAUCAAAGUGGGCCCUGCUAGAAAGACGAGUUAUAAGGCAAAGAUGGCUCGACGCAGCAAGAAAAGCAAGAGGAGAGAUGGGCAGGACAGCCGACGGCGUAACAUCUUGAAGAAGCUGUCCAAACAUACGCCCCCCGCAACUAUGCAAAGCAGUCGUAGCUUCUCUUCCGGAUUCCACCAAUCAUCCAGCGACAGCCUCUCUGGCUCCCCCACUCAGUCUCUCUCCCCCGGCCCGUCCACUCCCUGCCGCUCCCCUGCUCCUGACCACUCUGGAGAUUCAAGUUCCUCGCCCUGCUCCAGCUCCCCGAACUCCCCAGUACCUCAGGCUCGUCCCAGCUCCCUUCAUGUCCUAGGCCGCUACACAAAGGCUGGUCGCUGCAAGUCGACCAGCAGUAUCCCACCGUCCCCGCUGGCCUGCAUCCCACCUCCCCAGCCUCUGUCUCCUCAGUGCUCCCCCUCCUGCCUUCCCAGCCAUGCAAAGUCUUUACAAGGUUUUCACGGUAAAACACUGUCCCCUCCCACGAUCGCCCGCCAUUCCAUGCGUCCCCGCAGUGCUGAGCCACCGCGCUCGCCUCUCCUCAAGAGAGUCCAGUCAGCCGAGAAGCUGACUGGUGACAAAGCAACAGGCGGGUAUCAUUGUGAGAGGAAAGCCUACAGCGCCCGCCGCCAUACUAUGGAGGUGCCGCUGUCUGAGCGCGAAGACGUGGAGGAAGACACCGCGACCGGGUUCGUCUGCCUGAGCGAACACGGCCGUCAGGGGCUGUACCUCGGGGGCCAAAGAGGCCACCAGGACAUUUGCGGAGGAAGCAACGAGCACCACCGUUCUGCUGCCUUACCACAACAUCGCAGCGGUAACCACCACUCCUCCGACGUGGUGGUGAUGAGGAAGCUGGCUCUGUCCGAGCGCCGGGACUCCUUCAAGAAGCAGGAGGCUGUGCAGGAAGUGAGUUUUGACAAUUUGGAUGAGAGGGAGGCUACUCUUCCUGUCACUCAGCCUAAGAUGUUCAAGGCAUCGUGGGUCAGCUCGGCUCAGUCGGACUCCAAGCUUAAGGUGGAAGGAAAAGCAACACAGGAUAUGGGAGCGCAGCAGAAAGCCAAGUAUAAAGAUAAAGAACAGUUUUAGAUUUCGUCACCUCACAAAGGAUCUAAUUUAACGACCAGCUUCUCCUGAGAAUGUAUGACUUGGCGCUGUGAACUACUCACAAACAUUUUGGGAUAGUGGACUUUUGGGUGAAUUUUCAGGAUGACCCUUAAACGCACUCGAAUUAACACAGUUUGAUCAUAAUUUGACCGUCUCUAAAAUUUUGAAUGCACAUUUCCGGUGUUUCAGUACUUUUUGAAGAACUUGCCAUUUUCUAACACAGAGCUGAAUGGAACAGGUUGUGAGCCAACCAAUCCAUAUCAAAGGUGAGAUACUUCCACUCUCUGUAUAUGCUUCCACUCUGUAUUUCUGCCGACACUCAAAUGGGCGCACACUUCUGCGUUCGAUGUAAGGUGGCAUGUUAGCAUGCAUGGCAGGCUGAUAGGGCACUCAAAAUUGCCCCUAGGUGUGGGUGUGAGCACGGAUGGUUGUUCGUCUGUGUGUGCCCUGCGACUGGCUGGCAACCGGUUCAGGGUUUCCCCCGCCUACUGCCCGAAGACGGCUGGGAUAGGCUCCAGCGUGCCCCGCGACCCUUGUGAGGAUGAAGCGGUUCAGAAAAUGGAUGGAUGAAAAAACAAGCAAAAUGUUUUUUAGGAAGGUGGCUGCAAUGGAUUCAUAGCACAAUUUCGAUCAGGAAAGAUAUGAGUGUUUUGAAUUGUUGCAUGGUCAUGGAAGGGAUUCAACUUGGAUGUUUAGGAAUUACUGAUUCUAGAUAGCGGCCCGGUAGUCCAGUGGUUAGCACGUGGGCUUCACAGUGCAGAGGUACCGGGUUCGAUUCCAGCUCCGGCCUCCCUGUGUGGAGUUUGCAUGUUCUCCCCGGGCCUGCGUGGGUUUUCUCCGGGUGCUCCGGUUUCCUCCCACAUUCCAAAAACAUGCAUGGCAGGCUGAUUGAACACUCUAAAUUGUCCCUAGGUGUGAGUGUGAGUGCAAAUGGUUGUUCGUUUCUGUGUGCCCUGCGAUUGGCUGGCAACCGAUUCAGGGUGUCCCCCGCCUACUGCCCGAAGACAGCUGGGAUAGGCUCCAGCACCCCCCGCGACCCUAGUGAGGAUCAAGCGGUACGGAAGAUGAAUGAAUGAAUGAAUGAAUGAAUGAUUCUAGAUAAGGUGUCCUUAUUUUGCUUGUCUGACUGUGCAGGAAUGAUAGUCAUUUUGAUUUUUGGAAGCUUCAUCAACAGGUUACAGCAAAGAGACUGGAAGAGUCAAAGAAAAGCAAAUAACCUGGAAAAUGUGAAUUUUGCCGUUCAGCACCUUGUUGGAGAACAGUGCUUCGUGUAAAAAGUACUGAAACACUGAACAGUUGGACAUGUGCGGUGAAAAUCUUUGACAAGGUCAAAUAAAGUUCAUCGCUAAAGGUGAUAGUCCAUUUAAUGUACAUCGUGUAACUUCACUCAAAAGCCUAGCAGUGCUCACGUUUUGUGAGGACAGGAGUGUAUGUUCAUGUGAGACAACCAUGUCACCAGACAACUGUGGUCAAGUCCCAUCACAAGCUUGAAAAUGGAUGUUGCACAGCAAAAUACGCAUCCUUCAGUCCCGUUAUCAUAAAUGCGACUGUCUACCUUUGUUUAAUCCCUCGUUGAUUGUUUUCUCGCUUUGUUCAGAACACACACCUACAAGGCAUUACAUUUUGUAAAUAUACUUGUAUUUUAAAUGAAAAUGCAUAUUUAAAACUUAAUAUGCUCAUCUGUUUUUUGCAAUGCUUUACUGAUUGUUAGCAAUUGUCAAAAAGUGUAAAUACACAGGAUGUGUGAUGCCCCCCACCAAUUAUUUUUUGGGUUUGUGUUGCUUUAGGAUGCAACAGAAAAAUCUAUUUUGUGCUGUUUCUCAAAAGGAAUUCUCUCACAUUAUUGGGUCUCAUCACUACUUGAUAUGAGGAUCACACUUGAAGGCCAAACAUUGGUGCCAAAGAGAGGUUAGCCAUAAAGACCAUACACAAGUAUGGAAAGCUGUUUGAACAUUUACUCCAGAUCCUUGAUAUCCAGCUUGAGGUCUAUCUAUUGGUAAGCUCUUUGUUCUCACUCGCAAUAACAAUUCAGCACACAGUAGAAUGACUAGGGCGCUCUCAUAAAAUGAUUGUCCUAAGACGAGUGGUUUUUUUUUUUCUACUAUACUAGUGCCCCUUUUGGAUGACUAGUAUGCAAUUAACAUUUCUGAGUAAACUACUGUGCUGCACUACUACACUGUAAAAUCACAACUUGUAUUUUUGGGUCUAAAACAGUUAUUUAAGUUGGAACAACUUUAAAAUAUAAAUGAUUUAUAUCUAUGGCAACAGUGUUAGCACAACAAAGCAAGCAAUUAUUUGCUUCAAAAAUAUUUGCUGACUUGACAAGGGACUGUAGUUCUGUAAACCCGUUUCUUUAUUAUGAAAAUCCAAAGAAGCUGAUUUUUAGUUGAUUUGCCCAACUUACAAAUUUUUCUCAGUUUGUUGCCUUGAAAUUAUGAGUUCACCCACUUUUUCUUUUCAAAUUUACAAUUUACGAGGCCCAACUAGUAGGUCUAUGUCGCGUAGCACUAGCCUUCUUAUCAAGGGAUAUCGCAUCUUGACAUCUAGGUUAAGGUACUACAAGUCAAGUCAAGUCAAGUCAACAGUAUUUAUAGAGCACUUUCAAACAGCCAUCGCUGCAUACAAAGUGCUGUACAUGGAGCGAUUUAACAUAUACAAUAAACAGUAAGACGAAUCAGUAAUAAGUAAUAAGGCGGUAGAAAGCACCAAGCAGUAAAACCAAUAGCAAAUCUAAGUCAUGCUGAGUCAAACGCCAAAGAAUACAAGUGAGUUUUGAGGAGGGAUUUAAAGAUGGGCAGCGAGGAGGCUUGCCGAAUGUUCAGUGGGAGGUCAUUCCAGAGAGAUGGACCAGCAACAGAAAAGGCUCGAUCCCCUCUGAGCCUCAGUUUAGUUCUUGGUACGUCUAGCAAAGACUGGUCCACAGACCUGAGGCGCCGGGCAGGGGUGUAGGGGCGUAUGAGCUCAGAGAGGUAAGGUGGCGCGAGAUUAUUCAGAGAUUUGAAAACAAAGAGGAGGAUCUUAAAAAUAAUUCUAAAAUGAAUGGGGAGCCAGUGAAGGGAUGCCAAAGUAGGAGUUAUAUGCUCCCUCUUACGAGUACCAGUCAAGAGGCGAGCAGCGGCAUUCUGUACCAGCUGAAGGCGCUUGAUGGAGGACUGGCUGACUCCAAAGUACAGGGCGUUGCAGUAAUCGAGCCGGGAUGUGACAAAGGCAUGAAUUACUGUCUCAAAGUGUUCAUGUGAGAGGAAAGGUUUUAUUUUGGCCAGCUGUCUAAGGUGAAAGAAGCUGGAUUUAACAACGGCACCAAUUUGCCGAUCGAGUUUGAAAUCACUGUCCAGUUUAAGUCCCAAGUUUGAGACCGUUGAUUUCAGAUAAGGAGAUAGGGGGUCUACAAUCGUCUAGUACAGUGGUUCGUAACCUUGUCAGAGGUACCGAACCCAACCAGUUCAUAUGCACAUUCGCCGAAUCCUUCAUAAAUGAAAUAUUUUUUUGAAAAUAUUUUUUACAAAUUUAUGCCAUUAAAAAAGCACAUUGAUUAAAAAUUACAUGACCCAAGUAUAAUUUUUUUUAAAUUGUACGAUGUACUAUCACGACAGUCACAUGGUGACUACUGAGCGCACUAAAUUUCCCGCAGCACUGGCUGGACAAGCAAUGUAAUGUGAUCAUCUGCAGACAGUGAUGGCCAAGCGGGGGUCUCAUAACUAAUUGACAUGUUGAGUCGGGUGUGUCUUAAUUUAACCUUCAUCGCAAAGGCUCCGUCAAACCCUUAGACCGAUUCACCGAACCCCCAGGGUUCGAUCGAACCCAGGUUAAGUACCACUGUUCUAGUAUGACCUACUGGUAGGACAACUACAGAUCACUAGUGAGGCAAAACUAUACGAGUUGACAUCUGGAUGUUUCAGGUACUGCUAGCACAAGAAGUUAACUAGUAGUACUUUAGGUCACAUAAAAACUUUAUUUCUACGCAUUAGUACAGUGACAAGGGUGCAACAGUAGAAAAGUUAUCCUGCGAAAAAUGUGGGGGGUUUUUUCAGCUAUUACCAUAUACUACUGUAUAACAUUCAUGCACAGUAGUAGGACAACUGCAUGUUGCUAGAGUGGCAAAACUGUGUAAUAGAUGGUAUGUGCACGCUGUUCAACGACAAUUGAAGCACGCCAUUGUCAAUUAGUGCAUAGUUUUGCCUGACUAGUAAAGUAGAGGUGUCCUACUCUUGUGUCAAAGUUGUCCUAAAGACAAAAUGUGGACUUAAGUAAAGGCGGCCCGGUAGUCAAGUGGUUAGUGCGUCAACCUCACAGUGCAGUGGUUGUGGGCUCAAUCCUGGCUCUGGCCUCCCUGUGUGGAGUUUGCAUGUUGUCCCCAUGCCUGUGUGGGUUUUCUAUUUCCUCCCACAAACAUCCAAAAACAUGCAUAACUGGCUGAUUGAACACUCUUAAGUUGUCCCUAGGUGUGAGUGUAAGCACGGAUGUUCGUCUCUAUGUGCCCUGCGAUUGGCUGGCAACGGGUUCAGGCCGCCGCCUACUGCCCGAACAGAGAUGGGAUAGGCUCCAGUGUGCCCCGCGACCCUUGUGAGGAUAAAGUGGAUCAGAAAAUGGAUGGAUGUAUGGACCUUAAGGAAAUCGUCUUAACAUUUAUUUGAUAUCGAGUUUAAGAUCCAUGUCUUACAGUACUGUAGUAGAGCUGGUCAUCACUUGAGUUAGUUUGACACAACUUCUGGGGUUCUUCAUUUGACCCAACUUUUUGUUUUGGGUGUCAAUUAAAUAACCUGCAAAACGAAAACAACCUCCAUCCUCAAAACUAAGACAGUAAUCACCUGGAAGCAUCAGUAGCACUGUGUCGGACUAGUCAUUCUUUUCCACUACUGUAUGACAGCUCUGCACAUGAGUAAGACAAAUAGAGGUUGCCAGCGUCUAAAAGUUGGCAGGUCAGAAAUUAGCCAAUUUUGGGUCAAAAAAGGAGCUGGCCAUCACUUGGCUUAGUUUGACAAAAUUUUGGGGGUUCUUCAUUUGACCAAACUUUUUGUUUUGGGGGUCAAAUGAAUAACCUGCAAAACAAAAACAACCUUUUGGGUUGUUCGUUUGACUCAACUUUUGGGGCUCUUCAUUUGACCCAAAACAAAAAGUUGGGUCAAAUGAAGAACCCAAAAACUUGGGUUGAAUCGACCAGUCGGAUCCUCUUCGACCCAUUAUUGGGUAAUUUUGACCCAACUGGUUUUAAGUGUAGUGAGGCAAAACUACACAUGGGCAUUUGUUGUGUGGGUUAAGAUAGUUGAAGUUCUGAAUUGUUUUCUUAGUGAGGGCAAAGUGUACGAGGUACAUGAACCUUAAGCUUGAUAGCACGGUUUGGGAACCACUGCUCAAACUGGGUUUCCACACAUGAGGGGGUCUGUUGUACAUAACGUGUGCACACUGAAAAGUAUUUCCGCAGCAGGAUUUUCAUGGCGUGGUUAUGGUUUUUUUGUUUGUUUGUUUUCGGACCAUUUCCUUCUUGCUGUCUUCAACACACUUAAACGUACCUGUCGUGUCCUUCUCUUUAUAAAUGAGAUGUAUUUGGUGUACUUGCAAAAGUCUUGGAGACGUGUAAUAUUUCAGGACCGUUUAUCUUUGUCUAGAUUAGGAAAAAAAACUGUACAGUGAAUCCCCCCAAAAUUCAAGCAAAUUUUCUUCACUAUUAUUUGGUGAGUAAUUUGGAUGAAAUACAAAAAUAUGUCAGUUUGCUAAUUUAUUAUUUAUAAUUAAAUCAAGUUAACUACAAAUCCUGAAUGGAGGAAGUCAAGAAUAGGAUUUAUUUUAUUUUUUUUUACCUAAUAUACCUGUAAGGAAGCAGUGUUGUCACAGUCAAACUAAACUACACUGUUGAUGUGUAUUGUAAACAAUGAUGGACCUUAAAACAGCGGUCGUUGGUGUUUUUGAAUGUGACCAUGCAAAGGUUGUUGGCCUGCAAAUUGAGUUGAGUGCAACUAAAGUGGGUUAUAAUAAUAAUAAUAAUAAUGAUACAUGUUAUUUAUAAGCGCCUUUCAAAAUAGGGUAGGACUGUGCAUACUUUACAUUCCACCAUAUUAUUCCCACCUUUACCUUUUGUUUUGUUUCUCGUUGUGGGGUUUUUUUUCAUUCGCAUGUUUGCAAGAUGUAAGCGGUUCUUUGGUUUACGCAGAAGCAAAUGUGUCUUGGCUGUUUCUUAUUAUAUUGUGUUGGAUACAUUUUGGUGGUAUGCUUUCACGAUUUUUAUCUUAGUUUAUACCUGUUAACAUCUUUAAAUGUGUUUAUAUAAUAUAAUGUAGCGAGUCAGCUCCUCAGAAAUUGUUGGCCAUUGUGUGUGUUGCUCUCCAUGUGAGGUGUUAGACUGUCAUUUGCUCUCAAAAUCCAAUUUUUGUGGUUUUAGUGUACUUUCCCAACCAAUGGGGAUGUUGUUCAGACUGAUGUGCCAAUGUCUGUUUUUGUUUUUCAAUUGUCUUAACAGUGAUUGAAUAAAAUACUCAACAAUAAAGGACAACUGAGUCCAAACUUGCAA